AAACUCGAAACUAACUACAAAACAAGUGUAGAAAAAAGUGCUGACAAUUAAAAUUAAAUUUUGUGCAACAAACUAAACCUGCAAAAACACCAGAAAAAAAAACAAAAAAAAAAAAGAAACCAAAAGAACAAAAUGUUGCAAGUGCCAGUGGCAAGUAUUUUGCUGCUGUUGCUGCAAAUUGCUGUUGCUGUUGCUGCUGCUGAUACUGGAAGUGGAGACUCAUCAUCAUCAUCAUCGGCGUCGUCAUCAUCACCAACAACAACAACAACCACUUUGAUUGUGGAACGUCAAAUUGAUGCCAGUCUAAAGAAUGCCAAAUUGAUUGAGAGCAAAGUGUUGCCCGAUUUGGUUGGCUUGCAACGCAAUCAGGAUGAUGACAAGUGGCAGCAGAUCUACCGGUUUAUUGACGAUGGUUUUCCUGUACUCGAAUUAUAUGGCUAUAAGGCAAAGACAGAUACACCUUAUACAUUGAUUAUACCCAAAAUCGAUGUGAGAACCAUUGAAAAGCCACGUUUAAAGGAAUUCAUGCUGGAGCAUUUGGUGCCUGGUAAAAUCUAUGAGAGCUAUAAUAGCAAUGGUAAUGGUAAUGGUAAUGGUAACGGCAACAGCAAGGAAGAGGAGGAGCUCUAUGGCAAUGGAAAUGGACAUAAAAUCGUUUUUCGUAAAUUGGAAAAAUCCCACAACAAUGUUUGGCUACUCAAUGGUCAGCAAAUACUCUAUAAGCUACGUAUCAAUGAGAAUUUGAUGGCCAUUGCAAUUGAUGGUUAUUUGGGUGAUAGAAAAUCGCCAUAUUCGAAGCGUAACAUCCAGGAAACGAAUAAUCGCUAUAAUGACCCACAACCCUUGGAGCAGCCAAAUAUAACGAAUGCUGCUGCUGCCCAUGCCAAAGUUGAGCCCAUUAUUAAGGAGACGAAACCGAGUCCAUUGAUGUCCUUUCUAUCCAACAUGAAGACGGGCACAAAAGUUUUUCAACAUUUUCUAUCGAAAUCAAAUUUGACACGCAUUAUGGAUGCAGAUAAUGCCUAUACGGUAUUAAUACCAUCCGAUAAUGCCUUUCAACGUUGGCAUCCCAUCGAUUGGGGCUUCUAUCCGUUCAGUGUGCCAGAGUUCACCGAGAGUGUGUUGCGCAAUCAUUUCCUGCCCAUGCAACGGCCGUUGCGCAUGUCGGAUGUUAAGAACAUGGACCAAAUGGUUGUUCACACCAUGGGCGGUGAAAAUGUGGUAUUCCAUGGACAACCCACCCCGACGGUAAAUAAUGUCAGCAUUAUGGCCGACUACACCCUCAUAAAUGGCAAUCAGGUGUUCAUUAUAUCGGAAGUACUGUUUGUCUCCGAGGCUGUGGUAUCCAAAUUGCAUCAGAUGCAUAAGGAUAAGGAGACGCCACCAUUGCUUGCCUUUCCCUGGUUUGGUGCCCAAUUUCUAUCGCAUUCGUUUUUGGCUUUGGAAAGAGAUCCAAGAUUUACACAAAUCACCAGAUAUCUUAACAAUGCCGAGAUCGCUCCGCAUAUCUCUGGUGCUAACUAUACAUUCUUUGUGCCGGAAGAUAAGGCAUUUGAGAAAAUUGGAUUCGAUCGAUUAUCUGAUGAUGUUAUGGGAUCACAACGUGGCAUUAAAAUGCUUUUAAAUCAUUUUGUACGCGGUCGUCUAUAUAAUCGAGAUCUACGCGAUAAUGAAGUAUAUGAGACCAUCGGCGGUGGUCAUAUAAAAGUCACACGUAAUCCUGGUAGCAAUUAUACCAGUGUGAAUAAUGCUCAAAUAACAGAAAGUGAAGUUUUUGUCUAUAAUUUGGGUACCAUGUAUUAUAUAGACGAUAUUUUAUAUUCCCAUAUGCUGAGAGAUCAUAUCAUUAAGUCAACUAAAACGAGAUCAAAUCGAAAUGGCGGAGAUUCUGGUGGAGGCGGAUCACGAAGUACAUCAACGCGUCCCGAUGUAGAGAUCGUACCCAAUGAAUUCGAGAGUGAGCACAGUGGUGGAGAUUAUGCCAUACAUGGUGAUGAUGAUGAUUUCGAGGAUGAGAUUAUAACGCCAAAAGCGCUACCCGUCCAGAUCUAUGAGUUGCCCAAGUAAACAAAGACAUAAAAAGUAAUGAUGGUAAUGACAAAAACAGAAACAGGAAGAAAAAGGAAGAGAUUGACAUUGGCCGAGCCGUUUUCCGUUUUUCAUUUUGUGUUUUCUUUUCUUUUUUUUGUAUGGGGUAAAUAAUUCAAAAACAAUUUCGUAGUUUGUUGCUUGUGGCGCUUAAAGCGUUUUGUAUAGUUCUCAGCUAAUUUUUUGAUUAAAAUGUAUAAUUUUUGUUUCUAGUUUAGUA